GCAGAGACGGACAUGCACACCGCUGACCAGGCAGGACACACAGGUUUCAGCUACACACACACACAGGGCCGUUUGAGGAUGCAGUCAGUGAUCCAGCAGCUGCUCAGCCUGCUGCUGCUGCUCAGCCUGCAGGGCAGCCCGCUGACCGAGGGCUGCUCCUGCGCCAUGACGCACCCGCAGGACGCAUUCUGCAACUCCGACAUAGUGAUCCGAGCUAAAGUGGUGGGCAAGAAGCUCCUGAGAGAUGGACCUUUUGGAACACUGCGCUACACAGUCAAGCAGAUGAAGAUGUACAAAGGAUUCGAAAAAGUCCAGCAUGUGCAGCACAUCUACACCGACGCGUCGGAGGGUCUGUGCGGAGUUAAGUUUGACAUCAACAAGUACCAGUACCUGAUCACAGGUCGAGUGUACGAUGGCAAGGUCUACACAGGGCUGUGCAACUUCAACGAGCGGUGGGAGCGCCUCUCAUUGGCCCAGAAGAAAGGCAUCAACCACCGCUAUCAGCUGGGCUGCAACUGCAGGAUCAAGCCCUGCCACUACCUGCCCUGCUUCGUGACCUCUAAGAACGAGUGCCUAUGGACGGACAUGCUGUCCCACUUCGGCUAUCCGGGCUACCAGUCCCGGCACUACGCCUGCAUCCAGCAGAAGGAGGGCUACUGCAGCUGGUACCGGGGCAUGACUUCACGCGACAAAACCACAAUCAACGCCACUGACCCCUGAACCCCAACGCACUCUGCCCAAACCACUGCCGCCUCCCUGACUCCGAUCAAUCCCAGGUGACAGCCUCUUUUAAAAGGGGCAAAAAAGAGAAAAAAGUAAAUCCAUUGCAGUGCCUGUUUUGUAGCACUUCUGACAGAAAACAAUACCUUUUUUGUUGUGCACAUCGCCCUGUUGAACUAUCAUUUAUCAAAACAACGACUCGAACUGUCCUUGAAAGUGAUCAACCUUUAUUGGAUCCUCAGGAUUCAAAUCUGGACGGAAAUGUCAGGAAGUAUAAGAAGAAUUUCCACCCAAGAAAAUAGUAUAGCCAAGGAUCACUAUCAUUGCUAGUUGCUACAGUGAGACCAACGCAGUUCCUCACAUCCAACUAUAUACAUGGAGUGCCAUGUGAGGUAUGACCUCUGAAUGUUAUACCUCUUAUUUCGCGCUCACAUUAUUGAAUUUGUUUGAAAAUGGUAUUGUUUUACAGUGAAGUAUACAUGUAUCGAUUAUGUUCAGUUUUAACUGUAACAUGUCUCUUUAAAGGACUAUAGAAUCUCUGCUUAUCUGAAUGUUUGAAAUGUAACUCAUUUUGCAGUUAUGUCACAAACAGCGCCCUGCUCUGUUGAGCACUGCUGAAUAUCAGAGAGACGUUAAAAUAAAUGCUCUGUUAUAGUGCCAACGCAGGGAGGCGCUCACUUCUGGCAGAGAUGGUGAUAUUUUAUUUUUUGCUGUAUAUAACAUAAGCUACAGAAAUGAACUAUAACGCAGCUGAAACCUCUGUAAUUCAUUUAUUUAUAUGUUUAUUAGAUUACAUAGUAACGAUGUGAUAUCAUCUGCAUAAAAAGAUACAAAUAUAUAAUAACUGAUCAAAACUACAUUGUGACAACCAUCGCAGCCUGUGCCCCUCCCAGAAUCAAGGACCAGCCUCCGCAGCUGGUCCUCACGGUACUCCUGUCUGUUAGCUUGAUCUCAGUUCCCCAGAGUGGUACUCCUCAGCAGUCCAAUGAAAGCCAAGCAGAGGUUUCAGACAGUUCAGAGAUAUUUUGUAUGUGUAUAUUCAAUCUUUUGUAUUUAACUAUUUCAAAUUGACAUUAUAUAUAUAAUGUCAAUUUGAAAGAUUUACACUUUUCCAGUGCCGUACCUUCAAUCCAUUCCAUUUACAGACACUGAUUUGUAACGUUCACAGCCCCUUCAUCCCUGACACAAAGUAUGACAUCGCUGAUGCACUGUGGCAUAUUCAAAAUAUGCUUCUUCACUUUCUUGAUUAGAGUUAAAUGAGCUGGUAGUUAAUUACCAGUUAAUGCUAAGCUAAACUAGCCAUCUCGUUGGAGCUGGAGCUUCAUGUUUAACAGCCGCGCCCAGAAACAAAGUCAAACCGCCAAUUUCUGAAAUGUCAAAACUUGUUUUAUUUAUUUAUUCAUCUCCAUUCCAAAAAUGUGUCUUUCAUAUGAAACAGUAUUUAAACCACCUCUGGGAACUAAAGCUAAGGUCAGAUCACAUCAGAGGAGGAAAAGAUUGGAUCUGAGUCAAUAUUGACAAGUUUCUCUAAAUUAUAAAAAACAUCCCUCAAUCUAUCUUAUUUUUUUAUAACUUCCUCUCGCUGAAAGUUUUCUACACAGAACUGCUGAUCACUUUUAAUCCUGUCGGCCUCCUCUCGAUGGCGACUCUCUGGCUAGAGUACGCAACAUUACACCGCGUCGUCAUUUAGUUUUUAAGACAUUACAACAAAAGUUAAUAAUUACUGACCUUAGAGUCGCGUAGAGCAGACCAAUCUGUAUCAGUAGAGAUUUUAUUUUGUACAAAACACGUCCCUUCUGUCUUUUUAUGUGUUGAAAAAGCUCUUUCUCCAGCUUUGGCGUUUCUGUGUCACUAUUUCUGUGGUUCAUGUUUGUGUAAAUUUACUGUCUGCUUAACACAGAAACAGUUGGUCAAGUUAAAAAAGAAUCCAAACAAGGAAGCUGUGUACAGUCUGUGUGUAAACACACUGAAGUGUGUGUUUGUGGGGGGGUCCUUGUAGGGGUUAUAGAAGUGUUUGACUUAAUUUCUGUGUUUUAUAUUUUUAUAAUAAAGAUUUAAUGAAAGUCGG